CCGAUGGAUUUGGUGCGGCAUAUUCAGCAUGGAAACGAUUAGGAAAUAACGCAACAUAUUAUGCAGCACAACAUAAUCAUCAUAAAUCCGCCAGAGAUAAUCUAUUGAGUGGAGAUGAGGAUACAAAGAAUUAUUUCUUUGACAUGGAUAAAAGUGGUGCUAGGUUAGCAUGGGAAUUCUUUUGGCCAAAUAAAGAGGUUCCGUUGUUGAUUCGAUAUAUUGAGGAUAAUGAUCUAUGGAGAUUUGCAUUGCCAAAGUCUCGAGAGUUUUCUGCUUUUUGGGUAACCAUUCCCUUUCAGUUUGAACUUUAUGACCAAUAUGUUAAAGACGAGAGCUUGAUUGAAAAAGCCAUAGAAUCUGGAACUAUCAUCCUUAAUUACGUUCAGAAUCGUGUUUCUUUUAUACAAAAUAAAGAUAUGUUUAAACGCAAAAUGACUGUAAACAUAAUUGAUGAUGAUAAAAAGCCUCAAACCAAAACCUAUACCGUAUUUGUUACGAAUUCACCACUAUGGCAAUCUAAUCUCGGAAAUUCUUUGGCAAAUAUUGAUGGUUCCGAUUUCGGCAUGGUAUUUAGUUAUGAUGGAACCUUAAAACGGUAUAACGUCAGCUUAAGAAGCACAGAUAAACAAGCUGAUGUUUCUCAUGUUGCAAAAGCAUUUGGCGGUGGUGGCCAUAGGAAUGCAUCUGGAUUUGUUUGGGAUAAACCAAUUGAAGAUUUAUUCGAUCCUGAAAAACAAUAA